AUGGAUCAUGUGGGCAAUCACGGUUACCCAAUGAAUGUGACCGAUAUGAACGCGUUCUUCAUUGCUCGCGGCCCAUCGUUCCUGGUCAAUCAUACCGUGCCACAGAUUCAGGCCAUGGAUAUCUACGCCCUGAUGUCCGGUCUACUCAGUCUCUCAUCCCAACCGAACAACGGAAGUUUGGUCCGAAUCGCGAAUCAGCUACUCCGACCGGAUGUGGCCCACCGCGUGAUCACCACCCCUGCUUGGUAUCCUUUCUGGUGGAAGUGGAUUGUGUGGCAAAUGCGCGUGAUCUGGUUUUUUAUCGGUUUUGCCCUGUGGAUAAUCCUGUUCUGUUUGCUGAUCACCGCGAUCUUUGUGCAACGAAAUUAUGGCAAACAAUUGCUUGGCUCGUCUACAUGGGGCGAGAUCAAGGCCUGA